AUGCCUGCGGGCAAUGUAGGUGGACCAUCUACCGAAGGAGUUGACUUGGGAUGUGGCUAAUGUGACAGAUUAAUGUGGCAAACUUUCUAAAACUGGUCGUGCUAAUAUCUCGGGUGCUGCCAAUGGCAUGAUAUGAACUCAGAUUUGGCACAUUAAUUCACAUCUAUCCAUGUUUCAGAUUCUAAUUAAUGUAUAAUCAUGCUGAAUAUUGGGUAAAAUUAUGAAUCUGACAAGAUUAGCAGACAGAGGUGACUCUUGGAUCGGCACAAGGACCAGGUUGAUGGCGAUUAUGAAAGGAAAACAGAAUAGCUCAUCGUGUUUGAGUAGUUCCUUCCAAAUUGCGCAAGAUCCUUCUCAAGUGGGCCCUGGAAUGAAUGCUCAGACCUCGGGGCAGACACUGGGCUCCCUCCUUAUUCAAUGGGCACCACCAAGAUCUUCUGGUUUUACUCCUCUGGUGAUCUUCUUCUUCUUCUUUUCUUCCUUCAUCAGAGGGUGCCAGGAAGUGGUCAGCACCAGGAUAAUCACAGCCAUGAAUCUCUGCAGAUAGUCAGCCUUGGGCAUUUAAAGAGCUAUUUUUUCUAUGUUUUCCCUCUACUUUUUUCUUUUUUUUCCUCUCAGUAGAAAGAAACAAAUCAUCGUUCAGUAAUUUGGGUCGGUCCAAUCAAUAUCAGCAGGUAUUUUCAGAUUCCCCGCAACUGAGAGUCCUGAGAUCUCCGUGGUUUUCAAUCAAUCGUUGAUUUCUAGAUAGAUCAGUAGCUUCCUUCACUAAAAUCCUCACAAUUGCCUCCGAGGAUGAGGACCAUGGCCAUGAUUCUAGCAAAGGAGAGAUCACUCUUGAAGAGAACUCACUAUCUUAUAGCUGAGAGGCUCAUAGAAGAUAAAUUUUAGAUAAAUCUGGUUAUAUGUUCCAUGUAGAGAUCGCAUAUUAUUGGGGUUCUGAUAGUAGAUAUUUAUCCCAGACCCUUUAAAAAUAUUACCAAUUCUGGUUCUGUUCACUGCUUUUCUUCUCUGUAUCAGCCAUAUUUUUUAUUUUUUUGAAAAUAUCUAUAUUUGGGGAUUUUUCAGGAAUGGGAACAGUGGAGUGCAAGAACCAUUUUCCAGGACACUACUCCAUGAGCAAUCUUAAUGAUGGUGGAAUGAUCGGGCGGCCUCGAUGUUAUGAAGAACGGGUGCAGAGCAGGCAAUUCUGUGAUGGGUUUCUACCGAGGCCUCUCGACGGGUUCCUCGAUCAUGACAGAGAAGCACUGAAGCAGACGAUGCUCAUGCACAACGCGAUUUUUAGGAAACAGGUAGAAAAGUAGCCUCUGCGCAUAAAUAAAUUUGUGAUUAUAUGAACUUUGAUGUUUUUCAUUUAUGCCAUCAGAAUGUUUUAGAAACUUUUUGAAAAACCCAGGUAAUUUUUUGUGAAGAAAAUUAGAAUUUUCUCACUCUAUGAGAUCCUUUUCCUCCGAUGCAGGUGUCUGAACUCCACCGUCUUUAUAGAAAACAGAGAGAUCUGAUGGAAGAACUCAAGAAGAACAGGGAUCGAAGCUUUUUCUUCCUCCAGCGGCCACCUCCAUCACCUCAUCUUCACGGGAUUCCUUCUCCAGGCGGCAAGGAUUCAGAGAACGCCAUGAAUGGGUCCAGCCAUUCGAGCUCCCCAAGUCUGAGGAACGGUGGGAGGGGGGGGGUCAGGAAGCCUCCAAGAAGGAUGCUCGACCUUGAGCUCCCGGCUGAAGCAUACAUUGACAUCGAGGAUGCAGAAGACACAAAAGUGGAAGCUUUUGUCGAGCCUCUGUCUGAACCGGGCGACCCUAGAGAGAGAAACUCUGCCUCUCGAUCCGAGAGCUGUCUGAGGCUAACUCUCGCAACUUCUCAGAGCCCUCCCUGCUUGGAUGACCUGAACAAGCCCCUUGGAGAUGAGGCCUUGGAGGAGGCAGCUGCUUCUUCCAGAAAAUUUCCAUUUCAGGCUAAUUGUUAUCAAGAUCUUCAAGGGAAGCAGAGAUCCACGGUGUCAUCUUCAGGUCUCGUGGGCCACCAAUUUCUUCGGGACGAUUUCGGUAAGAUCUCCUUUAGUCAGAUCUGUCUAUAAGAGCGGCCUUUUUUUUCCACCCCCUUUAAUGGAUUUAUAAUUAUAGAUAAAUCAUGAGAAACAGAAUCGCAGCAUGAACUUUUAAUCAACGUUUUUUAGAAAUCGAGUCGGCUGCUAUUAGCAAUCUUUUUUUUUUUUUGGGGCUGAUUCCUAUGAUACUUUGAUGGGGAAGAGAAUCCGAUUCUCUUUGUUCGGUAAAAUAGGAAAGUUGACUUUUUUCUUGUGAUAAUUUAGUAAUUGUACAGGUUAUUUUAUGCCCAUUUUGAAAAUCCAAUUAUCGAAUAUAUAUAUUCAUAAUUUCAAAUUAUCCUGUGAUCAGAGAGAGAAUACGAUUCCCUUUGUUCAGCAAUCUAGGAGAGUUUACUUUUUUAUUGUGGUAAUUUACUAAAUAUAUAUUUCCUUCCACAGGGCAAGCCAGGAGCCAUGCAAAUUCCCUCGCUCUUGGUGUGGUCAGCAAGAAUGCGGGCCCACCAUCCGAGCCUAUGGAUGCUCGGAAUUUCUCAUGGUUGAAAGAGAAGCCGCCAUCUCAGGGGAUGGAAACCUCUGAUAGAACCUCUCAUUUCAGCAAUCUUAAGUAUCCAGGAUUCUCAGGCCCAACUGCAUCGUCUAGCCCUCCGUCAACCCUACCUGGCGUUGACUAUGCCAAGGCGACCUCUAUGGUGGGUUUCCAAUGGAGACAGCCUCUGACUGGCUUGAGCCCGGUCAACGCCUUCCCUCCCUUCAGCAGGUACAUAGCCGUCAAAUGCUCAGAGUCAUCUCUGUUUAAAUUUAGAAACUAUUUGAAAAUGGCCGUGGAAUUAUAAUUUCAGGUCAAUGCCGAGAAUGGGGAGUGAGGCCCAACUCUACUCUAAUGUGUUUCAUCAUGGGAGUUCUUCAUCAUCAGUGCCCUGGUCUCUUAUCGGGGAUAAUCACUAUAAGAAGUCAACUCUCGUCAACGACAAUGGAUACUCUCCUCCCAGUGGACUUCACGGUUUGUGCGACAGUGGAGAGGGGAAGAAGGGAAGCCCGUCGGGAGGAAUUCCCUGGCUGAGAACGGGAGGAUCACGCUGUAACAGGUCUGUGACCUGCAGCGAGGAUGGCUUCCAGGAGUUGACUUUUGCAGAGAGACAUUGCCGACGAAAGUCAAACCUCUGUGCUCCUGAAGUCGAAACCCUUCAGAAUUCGCCGCCGGUUUUGAAAGGGAAAGGAGUGGAAUUCCAACAGCGGGCGGCGCUCAACUUCACCGCCGCCUCCCCGGAGGAGAUCUCUUCAGACAAGGACGUCGUCAUCGUCGCAGAUUCAUCUUCUCACAGCAAAUUGCCGCAGAAGCUGUUCCACGCGACAGUUGACCCAUCUCGGGGGAAUAUCAAUUUGAAUUCUUCAGCAACAAGCUUCGUCCUCGAGGUCGAUUUGGAGGCGCCGCCAGCAUCUCCGCCGGAAGAAGACCCGGAACCAGCUUCCCUGGUCAACCGGCAGCGGCUCCAAUCGGCGGAGCUGGAAGAGGAAGAUCCAGAGAGGGCAGUGGCUGCGGCGGCGGAGACGAUUCUCAAGAUAAGACUGGACGGAACUGCCCGAUGGACGGAGCCUCCAUCUCCGGCGGAAGCUCUCCGAUGGUUUGCCGAAGUGGCGGCCUGUGAUGGGUCCAGAGGGGAGACGAUGGUGGAUGAAUCUGCUGGGCUCGAGGGAGAUGGCGACCGAGGAAGCUCCCCGUCGGAUUCCGGCGGCAUGGAUUAUUUCGAGCGCACGGCGCUGAAUCUGACUGAGACCAGAUUUUGGGAAAAUUUCUCUUCUAGACCCAAGAAAGGAGCGGAGGCUGAGGAAGAAGAAGAAGAAGAUGGUGAUGAUGAUGAAGAAGAAGGGUUUGCGCAUCUGCUGUUGACCAGUAAGAGGGGAGGCCAGUCGAGGCGGCGGCGCCGCCGGAGGGACUUCCAGAGGGACAUCCUCCCCGGGCUGGUCUCCCUUUCCAGGCAAGAGGUGAACGAGGACUUGCAGAUGAUCGGGGGCCCGAUGCGGAGGACAGGUGGCCGUCGUCAGGGAAGGAGAGGGCGGCAGCCGUUGACCGCCGAGUCCACCGGCGGCGCCGCCGCCGCUAAUCUGGGUCAGCAACGCGCCGCCGUCAGCGGGAGGAGCGUGCCGGGGUGGGGGAGGACGACGAAGAGAUGCCGGCGGCAGAGAUGCCCCCCGGUCAACGUCUUCCCUCCGUCUUACAGCUGA